GUGAAACUAGUCAAACAGGCUUUUGUGUUUUAUAAGAAUCAGAAACACAGUAAACGCAGGAGUCACAGGUAGCUUUUAGUUAUUUAGGAUUUUCACAACCAUUUGCAUGAGGCAAAGAAUACGCAACAAUGAAACACGACCGCAUAUGUGGCAGCCGAUGUCUGGGUCCAAUGACCUUCCAUACGGAAAUGACAGGCAAAUAUGUGACCAUCAGCCAUGGAGGACGACUUGCAUCCAGAGACGCCUCGUCCUUCAUGGACGGUUUGGCUUUUCUAAGCCGCGCCAUCAAGUUCGACGAGAAGAUAUGUAUACAAAUCGAGAGUUGCUCCUCGAGGUGGGACGGGGCUCUCCGCGUAGGAUUCACCAACAUCAGGCCAAACAAACGCUGUAUACCAGCUUCCUCUAUCCCAGAGCUGAGUGAUACGCCCGGCUAUUGUGUUCUGCCAGUGCCUGUGGACUUGUGCGUGCACAGUGCAGAAAUUCACUUCUGGAUGAACUAUGCUGGCAUGAUUCUCGUUGAAGGCAUAACAAGAGAGAGAUAUUACAUCAAAGCAAAGGGACUUAACCUGAACAAAUCACUUUGGGUUUUCAUUGAUCUGUACGGGAACACAAGCACCGUUCGCCUUUUGGGCUCGAGAAGAGGCAGUAGGACAUCGUGCCCAGACAUUGCAUCUGGCAUCAACUGUCUUGUUGAAACCAGAAGCGUACAGAAGACAUCAUGGUCACCGAGUGUCUUCCUCCUACGGCAUGCCAAUCAAAAGACUGUUCCCAGCCCCACCGAAUGUUCUGAACUCACACAAGCGGGCUUAGGAAUACCUGAUCAUGAAUCAGAGAGAGGGGUAGAUCUAAACUGGACCUGGAGAGAGAUGCAUCACUUCAUUUGCUCCAGCUAUCCAUCGGUCGGUCUAGAUUGGAUCGGUUUCAGUGCCGUCAAGGCUGACAAAAAUGGAAGGCUUUGCCGAAUAAAUCCCAAAACGAUGAAUAAACUGAAAAAAGAGCUGGGCGAGAGCGUGCUUUAUAUAAUUCCUGAUAAAGAUAUUGUUUUAAAUGAGAUGCCCACACACACAUUAUCAUCAGUCAUUAAUAGAAAUGCUUCAUCACCGUCACGCUCUGCUCCAUCUGUUCCUGCUCAACGCAGACAGCGACUGACUUCAUCCACUAGUUAUAUGUCUUGUUCAAGCCCAAACUCUUCAAUGGAGGACAUUGAUGUUGGAUCUUUGCUCAGAGAGUUUCAGCAAAACCAUCUUUCAGGCAGUGAGCAGGUCUCAAUAUUGGUCAACCGAAACAGGUUGUUGCAGAGUGCGAAAAAUGCCGUCUCCAACUACAAUUUCUCAUGGACCAAAAUCCCUCUUGUGAAAUUUGUGGGUGAGGAGGCUAUUGACUGUGGAGGUCCGAGGAGAGAGUUUCUCAGACUUCUAAUGAUGGAGGUGCAAAGCUCUCUGGGUAUCUUCGAGGGGAAACCUGGACAUUUGUUCUUCACCUAUGACCAGAUGGCCUUAGAGCAGCAUAAGUAUGAGUUAGCUGGGAAGCUGAUCGCGUGGUCUGUGGCUCAUGGUGGACCCGGGUUCAAGGCUCUUGACCCCUGUCUCUACCAGCUGAUGUGCAUUCAGGAAUGUCCACUGGCAGACUUCAACUGGCGCCUCAUACCAGAUGCUGACAUCCAGAACAAACUGCAAAGGAUUUUGUCAUGUAAAAGAACAACAGAUCUCCAUAGGCUGCAGAGAGAGGAGGGAGACUGGAUCUGUGAGUGUGGUGUUCCAGGGAUUUACAGGCCUGACAUUUCCAUUCGAGAUAUACCACAGAUUUACUCCUACGCCAUUCGGCACUACAUAUAUCUUAGAACCUCUAAAAUGAUUCAUCAGUUCACAGAGGGACUGAAUGCUUAUGGACAGUUUUGGGAUAUGGUUAAAUCUUACUGGGCUGAGUUCCUGCCCAUUUUUACCAACACGCAUGAGCCCAUAACAAGAAGCUCCUUCAGAGCCCUGUUCCAAAUUCACUGGAGCAAAGCAAUGAAGAGGGAGCCCGAAGAGGAGACUAUUCAUUCCUGGGAAUUGGUCCUUAAGAUGAUUGAAGACAAAAAAACAGAGUUACGUUUUGAGGAACUUUUGGCUUUCAUAACUGGAGCAGAUCAAGUCCCGCCACUGGGGUUUCCCCAAAAGCCCAGCAUUCACUUUUACCAGCCAGAGAAGCGUGGAUGUCGUUUACCGUAUGCGAACACAUGCAUGAUGCGACUGUGUCUUCCCAGUGGUGUAAAAAAUGAAGCAGAACUUCACCGAAUGCUCUUGAGAGCAAUCAAAGACUCUGCUGAUUUUGGGAGAACAUGAAAGUAUAUGCAAGAAAUAUCUUCAUUCAAAAUAUCAUUAUUUUCACGAUUUUAUUCAUUUUUAAGCUUGUUUAUCGUUUCUCUACUUAAACGAAUGAGUAGGCUUGUAUGUGUUACCAGGGGCAUCAUGCACCUAUUUUUUUUAAGGGGGAACAGUGUGCACAACACACAAAAACAUGUCCUGUAUGUACAAAUACAUCUAUUUAAAGCAAUGUUAUUGAGAACAUCUCUUAAGCGUAUUCAAAACAUUGCACAAACCUGAUUGUAAAAAAAAAUAUGUACAUUUUAAGGUAAAGUCUGGUGUAUUUUGAGAACAAAUAUCUUGUAUGAAAUUUUGUGCUAGAGUUAUUGUUUGCAUACAAAUGAGAGCACAAAAGCAAAAAAAAAAUGAAGCAAUUAGUUACCCUUUUCAUUUGGAGGAAAAUAUAUUUUCUUUAGGAGUAUUGUCAGUCUUUGCACCAUGAAAUUGAAGUGUUGAUACUGUAACAUAAAAGUUACUCACUUUAAACGAUGCUAGCUGUAUGCCAACUGCCAAGAGUAUUUGUUACCAAUAUAUUGAACCAUUUGUUAUUAUUUCAUAUUUAUAUACAUCUGUUGAGGGUAGACAUCGGAAAAAUAUCAGUAAGGGUUAUUAUAUUUAAAUGUUUAUGUGCCCAUUUAUGAGGAAUAUGUGGAAUGGCUGUAAGGAUGAUGAAAAUCAUGCUUUGAAAAAAAUGCUUUAAAAACUUUAAGAGAAACCUUGCAUGCGUAUUUAAACAACAAAAUGUUGACAGCGGUGCUAUCAGUAUGGUAACAAUCUUUGGUAAAAACUUUAUUUUUCAUAAUAUUUGUAAUUGUCCUACUGUAGCCUACCCCUCAUUUUCACUUUCAAGUGUGCUACCAUAGUGUUUUAUGUCUUUAUUGCAUCAUUACGUGAUUUCCUGCAAUAAAAACAUUCUUCUUUUAGGAAAA